AUGGAAACUGAAGUUUCUCCCAUGCUCUCGGUGUUUCUUUCUUCCCUACUCCUCCUUCCUUUUCUGUCUGGAGCAACUUCUUCAGACCUCUCUCCCUUUGGGUUUUUCAAGGAUCUGCAGGGAUCUCAAAAAGGAGACAAAGUGGAAGGCAUCCACAAGGUAAAAAAGUACCUGCAACAUUUCGGCUACUUGGGCUCUACCCAUUCUCAAACUGAAACUCAAGUCGAUAGUGAGGACCAUUUUGAUGAUGCCUUGGAGUCUGCCAUCAAAGCCUUCCAGACCUAUUACCAUCUGAAGCCCACUGGAAUCUUAGAUGCCCCAACAGCCACGCAGAUGUCCAGGACUCGAUGUGGGGUCCCAGAUAACCCCCCUGUUACAAAUAAUAUCAACUCCCAUGGCCAUAGCCAUCUCAACAUAGGCACUCAUUAUGCUUUCUUCCCAAAUAAGCCAAGAUGGCCCGCUGGGAAGAGGCAUCUCCUCUAUUCACUCGACUCUGCCUCCCAUCCAGAGGCUGCCAACGCAGUUGCCAAUGCUUUUGGCGCAUGGGCUGGUGUAACAAACUUCACCUUCGAGCGGACUUCAGACCCAAAAAUUGCCAAUCUCUACAUUAGUUUUAAAGUCAGAGAUCAUGGAGAUGGGCGGCCCUUUGAUGGCCGUGGAGGAAUCCUAGCUCACGCCUUUGCACCAACUGAUGGAAGAUUCCAUUUCGAUGGAGAUGAGACUUGGGUGAUUGGCGCAGUUGCUAAUUCUAUGGACUUGCAGACUGUUGCUAGGCAUGAAAUAGGUCAUCUUCUAGGGCUUGCGCAUACUCCAGUUCAGGAAGCCAUCAUGUAUGCUAUCAUCUCUCCUGGAGUAACCAAGGGUUUGAAUCAGGAUGAUAUUGAUGGAAUUAGAGCUUUAUACACCGGUUGA